AUGCCUAGGCCAGGUCCGAGGCCUUAUGAGUGUGGUCGAAGAGCUUGGCACAGCGAUAGACACCAACCCAUGAGAGGUUCGAUCAUUCAACAAAUUUUCAGGGUCGUCCGUGAGAGGCACAGUACUGCAACUAAAAACAACGAAGAAUGGCAAGAGAAACUCCCUAUUGUUGUCUUGAAAGCUGAGGAAAUCAUGUACUCCAAAGCCAAUUCAGAGGCUGACUACAUGGAUCUUGUAACACUAUGGGACCGGGUUAAUGACGCCAUUAAUACAAUCAUUCGGAUAGAUGAGAGUAUGGAAACUGGAGGGCUUCUGCCACCGUGUGUUGAAGCUGCUCUCAAUCUGGGUUGUGUUCCAAUUAGAGCAUCCCGAAGCCAACAGCAGAGUAAUCCCAGAACUUAUCUCAACCCAAGAACUCAAGAACCUGGUUGUGUACCUCCUAGAACUUGGGAUAACGAAAUGAAUGAGCAAAACCAUACUAUUGGAAAUCAACAAACCCUUUCAAGACGCGUGUCAGAAUCCAACCUAAAUGUAAUGCCAGAUAAAUAUAAUCGAACUGUUUCCCAUAAUUUUCCUUCGUCAGCUGAGCUUUUUUCUCACCCUGCCCCUAAUCUGUUUGUCCCACCUGAAACCCUCACCUCCCUGAAUGUGGCUGAGCUUUUUUCUCACCCUGCCCCUAAUCUGUUUGUCCCACCUGAAACCCUCACCUCCCUGAAUGUGGGUUCAGUUUACCCCUUGUAUUAUGGUCCUCACUUUCAACCUGAAGUCCCCUGGAUGGGCUCCCAGAUUGCAGAAAAUUUACACCCCAUAAUUGUCGGCACACCAGUUUUUCCAUCCACUGCAAAGCCUGCUGAAAUGGGUUGCUUGCGGAACCUGUUCUCUUAUGAUGGGGAUGCAGAUGCUGCAAACAGAGCAACUCAAGUAGAUAUCAGAGACAACCAUGAAAAGCCAACUGAGAUGGGGUGUGAUUUGUCAUUGCGGUUGGGAACAUCUUUAGAAUCAUGCAUGAGUAGGGGAAAAGGUUUGGGUCAUGAAAUUGAUGGUGGUGGUCCAAGCAGUUCUCAAGAGGAGGGAAAGGUUGGCAAUUUAUCUCCUCGUCAAAACAAGGGGUUUUCAUUCUUUCCGGUGGACACUACUAAUGAUCCCUUUCAGAUCAAUAGACGUAAGUUAAAUUUUGACGUUGAAGGUCAGACUGUAGAAGCAGCUGUUAGGAAGCGUAAGGUGCCCUUUGAAGCCAAUGUGGAGGAUAGGCAAUUUUCUGGCAAUUGA